AUGGAGGGCCUCUCCCCCCAAACCGUAGGCCAGGCCGGGGCCCCCAACGACAACGGGCGGCCUGUGGCUAUAGAGCAAGGCAGCAGCAGCAGCAACAACAACAACAACAACAACAACAACAAUAUCGUCUCCCACGAUAGAACAGUUCCUGUUCUGCAGCAGCAACCGCAGCCACAGCAGCAGCAGCAACCGCAGCCACAGCAGCAGCAGCAGCGUGCAUUUGCAGCUAUGAACGAUGGCACCAACGAGAUAGGUGAUGGCGUCUCAAGGGGUUCAAAAGGAAUAUCGCUUGGGGGCCCCCCGGGGGGCCCCCCUGGGGGCCCCUCUAAGACAAGGGGUUAUUCAAUGUAUAUACACUGCACGACUUGGGCGAGCGACAGCCACGGCUUGUUUGAUUAUGAAUCGAGAAAUGUUGCGAAGAAGACAUACAGAAUUAACUGCAUGCUGUGUUGCGCUGGCUUAGAAUUUGUGCGUGUGUCUCCGUUGCUGUGCCUAAUAGCGGGCGAAGUAUCUGUCUCUUCUGAAGAAGAAGCUGUGGGGUUGCUGCAGCAGGCAAGAGCAGCAGAAGCAACAGAAGCAAAAGCGCUGCUGAGGAUUACAUGGAUAGACGGGGCUUACUGCGUGCUGCCUCCACCUCCUGCUGCUGCUGCUGCUGCUGCUGCUGCUGCUACUCCUGCUGCUCCUCUUGCUGCUGCUGCGGCUGCUCCUGGUGUUGCGGACACGCCUGCGCCACCAGCUGCAGCGCAGCUCAGUACACGCCAGCAGCAGCAGCAGCAGCAGCAGCAGAGACAGCCUGCGCUGGAGCCAGCAGCAGCAGACGCAGCAGCAGCGGGCGCAACAGGUGCAGCAGGUCGGCAGCAGCAAGAGCAUCAGAAUUGGGGGGCAUCGCCUGCAUCCAACGGUGGAGAUGAGAACGCAGCAGCAGCAGCGGCAGCAGCGGCAGCAGCAGCAGCAGCAGCAGCAAGUGCAGCGCAUGCAACAGCAGCAACAGAGAGGACAGGAGCAGCAGCAGAGGCAGACGAAGAUGGAGAGACCCACCGAAACAACAGCGGCUGUUACACUUCGUUUCCAGCAGCAGCUGCAGCAGCUGCUGCAGCACAAGCAGCGGCUGCUGCUCGGGGUGCAGCAGCAGCAGCAGCAGCAGCAGCAGCAGAAGCUCCUGCUGCAGCGGCAGCAUCAGACCCGCCAGCACGAUCAGGCUCAGCAGGAGCGCGUGGGGCCCGGACAGCUUCUUCAACAAGCCAGGCUGAGGUGAGCAGCAGCAGCAGCAGCAGCAGCAGGAAUAGCUGCAGCUGCAGCAGCAGCAACAGCAGCAGCAGCAGAGAUUUGUUGUUCUUCACCACAGCUCUCCUCUGCCCCGCGGAGAAGGUAUGGUUGGUGGUGCGCAGUUUGCGAGACAGCGGCGGCGUCCGUUUGAGUGAAGGAGAUGUAAUAAAGUUAGGCAGAUACAGACUCAAAGUAAAAGAAGCUGUUCUAGAUCAGCAGCAAGCGCUGCAAGCUACUGCCAGGCAGCGUCCUCACCUGGGAGACGUCGAUGACUGCGAGACGGUGGCGCCUGAGCCGGAGAGCGCAGCAGCAGCAGCAGCAGCAGCAGCAGCAGAUGCAGAGUUUGAUUCAGGGGAGGAAGUAGCCCCAGCAGCAGCAGGAGAUGGCGAUGAUAGCGCAGCAGCGGCAGCCCUUGAAGGUGCAGCAGCAGCAGCAGCUGCUGCUGCUGCUUCCGUCAGCUGCCCUGCGGCAGCAGCAGCAGCAGCAGCAGCAGAGCAACCCGUCUUCAGCAGGAUGCCUAGCAGAGAGGCAUUUGGGCCUUCCCCUGUGGCGACGCACGCAGCCGCAGCAGCAGCAGCAGCUGCUGCUGCUGCUGCUGCGGCUGCGGCGCUGCCUCCAGGGUCUCCCUUGAGGGCCGUGGCAGCAGCAGCAGCAGCAGCAGGCAGCAGAGCUGCUCUCGCAGGGCCCCUCUCUCGCUGUGUCUCUGAAGGCUGUCUCCUUACUCCGAAGGGCUCUGGUGUAGGAGCUGAGCUUUUCUACGACGCUGGAGAAGCAGCAAACCACUCAGCUGAUGGGGCUUCAACUGGGGGAAUGCGCCCCCUUAGUGCUGAUGCAAGAGCCAGCCGAAGCAGUCUCUUCUCUAGGCCCGCCUGCCGCAUUUGUCUUUGUGAAGCAGCAGAAGAUGAUAACCCCGAUACAAACCCUCUUGUCGCUCCUUGUCGCUGCAAAGGCAGCAUGCAGUUUGUGCAUUUGCAGUGCCUACGCACCUGGAUGGAGGGCCGCUUAAACAUUCGCAAUGACGGCUCUACGGUUGGAUAUUUCCUCCGCUCUUUGGACUGUGAGCUGUGCAAGGCGCCGUAUCCGUCUUUGGUGGAGGCUAAUAGAAAAGUUAUUGAGCUCUUCGCAAUACCCAGGCCUCAGUUCCCCUACUUUAUAUUAGAGCCUCGGAGCACUCAGCCAAGUGCGGGGGGGGGCUCGGCGCCUCCUCGGGGGUUGCAUGUUGUAUCCCUCUCAAAUAGGAAGGUUGCGAGGCUGGGCAGAGGCCACGACUCUGAUAUUCGUCUGAGUGAUAUAUCGGUCUCGAGGUUUCACGCUCUUAUUCGCCACCAGCAGGCAUGUCCCAACCCUAAACCCUAA